AUGGCAGCUUGGCUGGACCUAGUUGCUGGUGCCGGAGAGCGGUCCCUGGUGGACACGGGCCGGUUUGAUGCCAUCGUUCAAGAAAUGAGUUACCCGCAAGAGCAAUAUCCAUCCGUCAUCUAUUUUGCUGGCAAUGGCAUGCGUAUGCAUGCUCUCCGAGGUCUAUUUCCUCGGAACAACGUCACGCGCAGAGGGCCAUCUGGCCUUGUCCGGCUACACAUCAGUACUUCCACAGCACACACGGCAGCGCCGACAAUUCUACUCGAGAGUAACCCCUUUAGUCUGCAUGGCUUAGGCGACACAGCGUGGCUCAAAGGCUGUGCUGCAGACUUUCAAAGAUAUGCCUUGCCUAGAGGGCAAAACACUCGCACUCUCGCCGAGGCCCAACAGGACAUUAUCACAAACUGCAUCUUCCCUUGGACCCACAUCCUCUGUCUGUUUGUGAGUUCUGGGAGUGAGAUCCAGCGAGCUCGCAGUUUGCUUGAUCAGCCGCCCCCAGCGUUAACGGUGGGCGGCCGACGUGUACCACAGUUGAUGCGUGUGGUGAUUGUCUUGACCCAGGACCCCAAUGGCGCGAACGAAGCCAUCCCGCAAACCUGUCUUCAGUUCUCCCACCCUCACGUGAGCAUGCUAGACCUUCGAAGCCGCGAGGGUCUGUCAGAUGCGGUAGCUUUUGAGCCGUUACGGCUUCUGCUCUUGGACGAGGUUCAGGUUGUCAAGAAAGCACAGAAGACCGACAGCUUAGAGUUCUCAGCCAUUCACCUCCAGGCGCUCUGGCAUGAAACACUGCGACUGUACAAUCAUGCACAAGGCGGGUGUCCUCCCGUUCUUGACUGUCUGUUGUUUGCGAGGGCAGGUCGAGCGCCAAACACAGCCAUCGGAGAGUGUCUUGGUGAGUUCUUAAGCCAGGCGCGAGAUGUCGCCUGCUCAGCAAGUCAGGCAGCCGAGUUCAUCGCCUCUGCAUUGUUAAUGGAUGCCUACCCCCCCGAGAUGCAUCCUUUCCACCCGGAGUUAGUGUUCAACGCUCUCUAUCGGGAGUCAUGUCAUGAGAGCUCGGCCACCCAUCUGUAUGUGGAUUGCAAAAGUGUCCUUUAUCAGUUCAUUCACGCAUUUGCUGGCCUGACUCCAAUUACCACCGCCGCCGCUGCACGACGGAAGCGCUUGAGGGAUUUUUAUCGACAAUGGGCCGGACUCCGAUCCACGAAAGUUUGCUUUCUCUGCAUGUGCCGGCGAUCAGAACAUAGUUCUUCCGCGGAAUAUCAUACCGAUCUCUCUCGGUGUCCUAUCUGCGGGGAUAGAUUUAUGCUGACGAUUCGCCGUCUUCCGCCCACUAAAGGGCCCGUCAUCUUCAGUCUAGACGGCGGAGGGGUUCGUGGCUUGAUCCAGCUAGGUCUCUUGCGAGCAAUUGAAAAUCGACUGGAAGGAAUGUCGAUUACGGAGGUCCCGGAUUACUGCAACGGCACCAGCGUUGGUGCACUAUCAGCUAUAGAUCUGUUUCUUAAUAAUGCUUCCGUGGAAGAAAGCUUCGCCAAAUUCCCCAGCUUUGCUCGAAUGAUCUUCCGUCCUUCCUCCACGACAGCUCCCCUUCUCCGCGGGAUCAGUAUCAUCAGAUGGACGCUGCAGAUACUAAGAGGCGGUUGGUAUAACAGUUCUGAACUAGAGUCCGUUCUUCAGAAAGCCGUUGAUCCAAAUCGCUGUAUUUUCGACGUUCCGACUGCAAAUUUUGCCGGUUGCCGGGUGGCCGUGGUCGCGAGCCGGACGUCAGACGGGAAGGCUUGCGUCCUGGCCAACUAUCGUGGCCUAGGCCAACGGCAAGCUGACGCGGCAUAUAUCUUCUUUAUUCCUCAAUCCGAAUCAGAGAAUCCACCUCUUGUAGAUGUAGCGCAGUGCAGCGUUGCGGCCCCCUUUUUCUUCCGAACUAAGUCCCUUCCUGGCCUUGGCACCCUGCAAGACGGCGGUGUUCGGGCAAACAAUCCCCUCGCUAUUGCUCUGAAAGAAUCGACGAUCAUCUGGCCCUCAACCAAAAAACCGGACCUGGCCCUCUCAGUGGGAACAGGGUAUGCCUCUGAUCCUCACGAGCAUGUGCAGGGCACACCCGGUGUGUUCAUGGAAGGCGCUCUGUCGCGCAUGAUUCGAGCAACGAUCUUUUCGCCCUGCAUGGACGGCCAUCAAGGCUUCCAUGAAGCUCUCAACUACCUUACUGAGUACAACCAGCCCGAUGUCUUCCGCCUGGACCAUGCGCUAUGUGGACAAGUCCCACGCCUCGAUGAUGUGGACAGCUUGACCGAGAUGUCCGGGUUGCCGUUCACCGUGGCGGAUGAGCUCGUCCGCGCGCUCUUAGCCACCACCUUCUUCUUUGAAUUAGACGAAAUUCCUAUCCACAAAAGAGGGAUCUUUCACUGUCGCGGGUCUAUCCUCUGCGCAAGAAGGCAAGUUCAAACAAUCUUACGGUGCGUUGGAAAGGAAUUCCCUGAUGCCACUUUGCGCAUUUCAUCGUGCCAUAACCUCGGCCGUGUGGCCGAGAAUGACGGGUGUGGCAUCUGUGGGUAUUACCGUAAGAAGGUUACGUUUACCGUGAACAGCCUCGCGGAAGAGUUUUGUAUUGAAUUGUCUAGCGGCAGCUCGCACCAACGGAUUGGCGGGUUCCCCAAAUCAGUUCAACAGAUCACCCAGGAGCAGCAGGCGAAGCUGUUACUGUUUCAAUGGGAAGAAGAGAUCCAUUAG